CUCCCUCAAAACCAGAGCUGCAACCAUUCAAACACAAUGAUCGGCAGGUCCCCUAGACUUAACACUGGAGAUAAGAAUGAUUCAUUUCAGUCUUCCGAAGAAGCCAUCAGAUUAUGAUUCAAACCAUAAGCCACCAAAUCCACAGCUGUUUCUGAAGCGUGCCCGCCAGCUUUGCACCAUUCCUUCACUCAUCAAACAAGCACCUCGGACUCCUAUAAAAAGCUCCUCAAGCUCUCCAUGCGACCUGAGCUAUUUGUUUAGACAAACUAGCUCCUGACCUCUUUUUUAACCAUGUCGAGGCCCUCCUCCAUCGCCACUAGUACCGGAAUGAUGCUUGUUUCCUUGGUGCUGGUAUCCCUAGUGGUGGUUGCCAAUGGCAGCAACUUCUACCAAGACUUCGACAUCACAUGGGGAGACGACCGUGCGAAGAUACUCGAUCAUGGGGAGCUUCUCGCGCUUUCACUGGACAAAGUUUCAGGCUCUGGAUUCCAGUCGAAGAAUGAGUACCUCUUCGGGGAGAUAAGCAUGCAGCUCAAGCUCGUCCCAGGGAACUCUGCGGGCACUGUCACUGCCUACUAUCUAUCAUCGCAAGGUCCAACCCAUGAUGAGAUCGACUUCGAGUUCCUGGGGAACCUCAGUGGGGAGCCUUACAUCCUCCACACCAACGUGUUCACCCAGGGGAAGGGGAACAGGGAGCAGCAGUUCUAUCUCUGGUUUGAUCCUACAGUCGAAUUCCACGCCUAUUCCAUCCUUUGGAAUCCUAUUAACAUCAUCUUCUCUGUGGAUGGCACUCCCAUUAGAUUGUUCAAGAACUUGGAGUCCUCUGGAGUCGCCUUCCCUAACAGCCAAGCCAUGAAGCUCUACUGCAGCCUCUGGGACGCCGACGACUGGGCCACAAGAGGCGGGCUUGUCAAGACCGACUGGACGCAGGCACCCUUCAUUACCUCCUUCAGAAAUUUCAGCGCUAAUGCCUGCGUGUGGUCUUCAGGCACUUCUUCUUGCUCUUCUAGCGCUGCUUCAUCGAAUGAUUCGUGGAUGAGCCAAGGGCUAGGCACCACAGGCCAAGAAAGGCUAACAUGGGUGCGAAACAAUUACAUGAUCUAUGAUUACUGCAAGGAUACAAAGCGAUUCGCACAAGGCCUCCCAACCGAAUGCUCCCUCGCUUGACUUCUCUUAAAUGGAUCCAACCAUCUUUGCUUCUCAAUAAAAUUCUCACUCAUUGUAUCAAUUGUUGUUGAUAUUACUGGACACCGACUAUGGUUUUCGAAAAAAAAAAUUGUGUUAUAAAGAUUCAUGGCUUGUUGUGAUCUUAUUACUUCUGUAAGUUCUGUUAUUAUUAAAUUGUUUAAGGUUCGUAGAAUCAAAA